UACAGUCUACUCAGACACUCAUCACGAAGCAGCCAAGCAGCAGACAAGACGCUUGUUUGUAUGGAGGGCGAACCUUUAACUUGAUUACCCGUUGUUCGCGGCAUGUACGGCAUUUGGGAGUGUAGCUACUGGCACUUAUUUUUCCAGCAGUUGGGAUUAUCCUCAUUUUUUGCCAGCUAUGUGGUUAUUGACAGCACCACACAGCCAGUGAUGUGCCAUGGUGGUGAUACAACAAGCUAAGCUAGCAGGGAGGGGGAGCUGAUUUGGACAAGUCAAGCGUUGGCAAAUGAGUCACAUACUUUGUUAAUUUUGAAAGAACUGCAACACAAAAGUUGGGAUGUCUAACCAGGGAGUUCGGAGGAAUGGCCCAGUAAAGCUACGGUUGACAGUCCUAUGUGCAAAGAACCUGGCAAAGAAAGACUUCUUCCGCUUACCUGAUCCCUUUGCCAAAGUUGUGGUGGACGGUUCUGGACAGUGCCACUCUACAGAUACUGUGAGAAAUACAUUAGACCCCAAGUGGAAUCAACAUUAUGAUUUAUACAUUGGAAAGGCUGAUUCCAUCACCAUUAGUGUUUGGAACCACAAGAAGAUACACAAAAAGCAAGGAGCUGGUUUUCUGGGUUGUGUCCGCCUCCUCUCCAACGCCAUCAACAGACUCAAGGACACCGGAUAUCAGAGACUGGACCUCAAUAAGCUGGGCCCCAAUGACAAUGAUACAGUGAGAGGGCAGAUAGUCGUAAGUCUUCAGUCAAGGGACCGCAUUGGUACUGGAGGACCAGUAGUGGACUGCAGCCGCUUAUUUGACAAUGACCUACCCGAUGGAUGGGAGGAGAGACGAACAGCCUCUGGAAGAAUCCAGUACCUGAACCACAUCACACGCACCACACAAUGGGAGAGACCCACCAGGCCGGCAUCAGAGUACUCCAGCCCAUCCGGGCGGCCACUGAGUUGCGUGGUGGAUGAGAACACACCGGUGAUGACACCCAUUAAUGGGGCCGAGGCCUGCGGCCCCCCGGGUGAACAGCGGAUCCAGGAGAGACGGGUGCGAUCGCAACGGCACCGCAACUACAUGAGUCGGACACACCUGCACACCCCUCCCGAUCUCCCUGAGGGUUAUGAGCAAAGAACAACUCAGCAGGGCCAGGUGUACUUCUUGCAUACUCAGACGGGAGUCAGCACCUGGCAUGAUCCUCGCGUCCCCAGGGACCUGAGCAACGUGAACUGUGAGGAGCUUGGCCCUCUGCCGCCAGGAUGGGAGAUUAGAAACACUGCAACCGGCCGUGUCUACUUCGUGGACCACAACAAUCGAACAACCCAGUUCACGGACCCAAGACUGUCUGCGAACCUCCAUCUGGUUCUCAACAGCCCGAGUCCAAAUGGAUCCCGUGUGGCCACAGACAGCCAAAACACUAACCUCAGCCAUCCAGCUCAGUUGAAGGGCCAGGGAGGUCCUGGUGUGCCCCAGCAGGCUCUGUCCCCAGCCCAGUUGCCAGAGGAGGCAGAGUGCCUGACAGUGCCCAGGUACAAGAGAGACCUGGUGCAGAAGCUGAAGAUUCUACGUCAGGAGCUGUCUCAGCAGCAGCCUCAGGCGGGCCACUGUCGGAUCGAGGUGUGCCGGGAGGAGAUAUUUGAGGAGUCAUACCGACAGGUGAUGAAAAUGCGACCAAAGGAUUUGUGGAAAAGACUGAUGAUCAAAUUCAGAGGAGAGGAGGGUCUAGACUACGGCGGCGUGGCAAGGGAGUGGUUAUACUUGUUGUCCCAUGAGAUGCUGAACCCCUACUAUGGCUUGUUCCAGUACUCCAGAGAUGACAUCUACACUCUACAGAUUAACCCAGACUCUGCUGUCAACCCUGAGCACCUGUCAUAUUUCCACUUUGUGGGUCGCAUCAUGGGCAUGGCUGUGUUUCACGGCCACUACAUCGACGGAGGCUUCACUCUGCCUUUUUACAAACAACUCUUAGGAAAGCCCAUCACACUGGAUGACAUGGAGUCUGUGGACCCCGACCUACACAACAGCCUUGUUUGGAUCCUGGACAAUGACAUCACGGGUGUCCUGGACCAUACCUUCUGCGUAGAGCACAAUGCUUAUGGAGAAAUCAUCCAGCACGAGCUCAAACCCAAUGGAAAGAGCAUAUCUGUCUCAGAGGACACCAAAAAGGAAUAUGUCAGGUUGUAUGUCAACUGGCGUUUCCUCCACGGCAUCGAGGCUCAGUUUUUGGCCCUGCAGAAAGGCUUCAAUGAGGUCAUCCCGCAGCAUCUGCUCAAGUCCUUUGACGAGAAGGAGCUGGAGCUGAUCGUGUGCGGCCUGGGGAAAAUCGACGUUUCGGACUGGAAGUCUAACACGCGUCUGAAACACUGCACGCCAGACAGCAACAUCGUCAAGUGGUUCUGGAAGGCGGUGGAGUCGUUUGACGAGGAAAGGAGGGCCCGCUUGCUGCAGUUUGUCACCGGCUCUUCCAGAGUACCCCUGCAGGGCUUCAAGGCGCUACAAGGUGCUGCAGGGCCGCGACUCUUCACCAUUCAUCAGAUUGACGCCAACACCAACAACCUGCCCAAAGCCCACACCUGCUUCAACCGCAUCGACAUUCCGCCCUACGAGAGCUACGACAAGCUAUAUGACAAGCUGCUGACCGCAAUCGAGGAGACGUGCGGCUUUGCGGUGGAAUGAGACACAUAUUUUGUGUGUGUGUGUGUGUGUGUGCACGCACGAGUGCAUGCUAGUAUGCUGAAGCGAGACUGAACGAAGGACACCACAACUGAGCAUCCCCACAGUCUUCCUCUUUUGUCUUCUCGCUGCUGUCUAAUGUUCUUCCCCGUAUCAGUAUGACUUUGUUCAGUGUUUCUUUGUGUUGUAGAAGCAUCAUUUCAUCAGCAACAUGCAGACGCUACUGUGACCUCUCGCCAUGUCGUCUUCAGGUAGCCACUUCUUGCCCACAUUGCUGUCUCUCCAUGUUUAUGAAGGUGGAGAGACACACACUCAUCCUACCUCAGUCCAAAUUCUUACGUAUGCAUGUGUGUGUGGGUGGGUGUGAUUUCAGUUGAAAUGGUGUUUAACAAUAAGGACUCUGGUGAAGAAGAUGUAUGCAUGUUUGUCUCUUUUUUUUUCUAUUUAGGCCAAUUGUUCUCACAUUCAUCCACAUGGCUUUACACUUUUCCUGUCCCCGUCACAUGUCACAGUCAUGAGUGUUGCCAGGCAGAUUAUUUUCACUUCUCUCUUCUCACUGUAAAGCACUUUAAAGCAAGUGAGUGAUGAUGUCAGGAGUGCUUUUUUUUUCUUUUACACAUGACUUUAAAAUGUAUCAUUAUUAUGUUAAGAGAUAUACAGAGGAAAUCAUAUCUGAACACCUGCAUUGUUUGAGAAUAUAUAUAUGUGCAAAUAUAUGAUUUUUCUAUGUGUUGGCUUGUAGUUUGUCUUUCACAGACCUCUUUGCAUUCUCAGGUGAACUUGUGCUUUUUUUUUUUUUAUUUCUCUCUUGUUGGGUGCUGGGAAGGGUGAUUUUCUUUUUUUUUUACAUGAUAAAAUGUGGCGGCACCUGACUUGAUUUUUAAAAAUAUUAUUAUUAUUAAUGAAUAGUCCUUUCAUCAGAGCUUGAAGCAACAUGGGGAUGCUUCCACUAAAUUGGAAGCAGCACAGAGGACAAUAAAGUUUCAUAUCUAAAUACAUUUGUUUGAAUUUUUAACAAUGAAACAGACUCAGAAAAUAUGCCUAUUUAUAUGCAUAGCUAUUUGUUUUUAUUGUUAUCGGAGACAGAACAACUAAAUGCAAUGCAUGUUAUUUGCGUUAAGUCAUUUACCAAAAAGAUCACAUACAGUAUAUGCACACAUGUAGUUUGUCUAUUUGUGAUCAUCAUUUUGUUUUUUCUGGCUGCUUCACUCAUCCCCGCAUAUGAUUUUGGUCAUUUUAGGGCUGUGAGGCCAAAUUGUUCUUAAAAUAAACAAACUGCCUGCAAAGUAAUGGAAGUGAACACCGUCCCUUGACAAAAACUUUAACAAAUUCUGUACUUUUUCCAGGCUUUGUAUUUAUUAUUACAGUAAAUGUUUUAAAUAGAUUUUUUUCACCUAAGCUACUCUGUGACACCUGUACAUAAAAUCAAUAAAGAAGCAAAGGUAAAAAUGAACAACACACAAAAAAAACAUUAUUGUACUACUACAAAAAGCAGAGCAAUAAAACACUGCUGUCUGGGUAUGACAGCUUUAUGUUUUAUAGAACAAUGUCUGUUUCUUUUUCCUUCCAAUAUCCUAACGAAUUUUGACGACCGUUAAAGCUUUUACAUCACCUCAGUCGCACUUUAUGACGUCACAUCAACGCAGUAAAACGGCGAUAUACGGUCCAUUUCCUGUCUGUCAGGCUAUCAGAAUAUCGUAUUACCGACUCCGCCAUGACGUUUUUGCGACACUGUGGGCGAAAGACGGUACAUGUUCAUCCAGAGAUGUACACCGGAAGUUAGCUCAAAAUUAGCAUGCUCACAUUUUAAACAAUUUUAACACUCCUAGUUUUUAACCAAGUUCACCGGCAGCUUACCUCGCCACUUGGCUCAAAUAAAAUAGAAGUUUGUGUUUAGCUAUAUCCGGUCUAAAUGUAGCAGUCAAAAUAGCCGCCAUUGGGGCGCCUGUUCCCAUUGGCCUGAUCGCUAGCGAAUGGUCGUUCCAUGUCGGUUUAAAGUAGCUAUCAUGGCCAAUUAAAGUGAAUGAGAACUAUAACAAUAAUGUUUAUGUAUAAUCAUGCUAGCGGACGGAUAGCAGUGGUAGACUGAAGUCAUUACGCCCAAAACUGAAGUUUCAGUUAUUACGAUUACGUGAACGCAAAUGUGACGUCACGCAUAAUGAGCCAAUUACAUUGUUUGUUUACUUCCUGGGUUUUGGUUGCUUCAAAGUAAAAACGUUGAUAAGGAAAACCGAACAUUAAAAGUGAAUGGACAGUCAAAUAUAUGUCCGGAAUCUAGUGCCAAACUGCAGCACUGCGCAAACAUUCAUUUACAGCACAGAAACGUGCAAAAAGUGUUCACUAAUGAUUGUGUGGGUAUUGGGACAAAAAAAUAACUUCACAGACGGGAGAGUUGUGCUGCUGGCUGUAGCGACCUCACGCAAAGGUAAAUAAAAAAGAAUUGUUGGGAUGUACAGUUGCGACUUUAAUUUUAAAGUGACACUUCGACUACUGUUUGUACGGUUAAACCUUUUUAUUAAUAUUUGGUCCUGUUUUCUAUUACGCGCAAUUGUAGAUGUCGAGAUCAAGAAUAGGGAGAUGUGCUGGGUUUCAUUACAUUUGAUAUUCAUAUGAGCUAGUCUGCUUGAUGCAAUUUCAGGCAAAAUGAGGUUUAAUUAGCAACAAACCAAAAGGAUGACAACCAAAACAGCCUGAAAAUAAAACUGUCUAGUCAGUUUAUGCACAGAUUUUUAAAAAUGAACUUUUAAAACCUUGCUAGCAAGAUACAGUAAUUGUGUAACGCCCUCUGUUGACUAAAGAGUUGUGCUACGCUUAUUUAUAACGUCGGUAAUUUCAGUAAAUUGAAAUAGAAUGGUGUCAGCAAAUGUUAGGUUAGUAAAACUAUUUAGUUACAUCCAGUACAAUUUCAUGUGAAAAAAAGUGCUGUACCACCAUUUGAGAAUCAAUGCGUUAAUGUAUUUGAUUGCUCUCAAGUGGUUAUACAGUAUUGUAUGAAGGAACGUAUGUCAACUGUUCACACAUUACAGCAUCAGUUUUAUUGAUUGGGGGGGAUUGCAUUAGAGUCAAUUUAAUCAUUCAGAGCUUCACAGAAGUUACGUUUUUCUCAAAAAAAAUAUUGUAAAGAAAUUAAGACAUUGUUGUAAUUGUUCCCAGUGACCACAAAGCACCAGUACCUGCUUAGUGUUAGAGAAAGAAAAGUUUAAGUUAAAAAAAUAAAUAAUCCACAGGUAUUGUGAGAUGCAUUAAAAGGAAGACGUAAAAAGAAGUAAGUUGCAAACUUCAUACUUGUGGUGGUUAUUUGGCAGAGGAAGGAACAGUGUUACUUUAAAUAAGACGGCCAACAGAGUAAAGAUGCAAGGCGUCAUAGCAGCUGGAGUCGGAGGGAGAAGGAGAUGGAGUUCUCAGUCUUAUCCUCCUCCUGUGCAAAUAUGGGGAAGACUCUAGAUGUGGCUUGACGGCAAGUUCCAGACAUGAAGAUCAGUGCAGGUAGUUUUUGCGGGACUGGAACGAAGCCAUGCGGACUCGACUGCGUAGCCUCUGGACUUCUAGAUCCUCAAAGUAGUCGUCUUGGUCAUUCUGGACGAUGAUCUUCUGCAGCUCGCUGAUCUCUUGUUCCAUCCUGGAACGCAGCUCACGCUUCAUCUUGAGAAGAACCUGCGAGCAAGGAGUUCGGUCAGGCAUUGGAUAUCCACAAGAUGACUGUUGCUUACUUUUUCUUGAGCUUUUUUACGCGUCUGGAUCUCCUGUCGCUCUUGUGAAAGUUUCUCAGCCAGCAGUGAGAACUGAAAGUAGAAAAGCAGUGACAGACAUCAUGGAUGUUUUUAGUUACACUAGCACAAUCUAAUGCGAUCCAAUCAAAACGCUGCAUUCAAAAUUCUGUCUUGACAAAGAUGGCGGUUGGCUUCCAUACUUUCAUUAUCUAAAUUGAACAAAACAGACCCUCAACAAAAUAAUGCAUUGGAGGAUUAAUACUGUCAUUUAACACCAAUGACUUUCAGUAUAUGAUGCAGUACAGUAGUGCAAACAUAAUAAUAGCCAUAUUGCCCAAUGAACACAUCUCCUGUAAAAAAUAGGCAAACAUUUCUUUGUCACCGCAACAUUUUUUUAAUGCAUCCCAUGAAGAACAGUGUGUGUCCUACUUGGUCUUUGUAGUAGUUCUCCAUGGACUGGAUGUGGUCCAGGUGUUGUCUAUCGUGUUGCUCCCUCUGCUGCGAGGCGUAUUCCCUUUGUUCUCUCAGACGAGCCUUCUGCAGCUCCAAACCCUCUUCAAACAGCUGACGAAACAUCUAGACAGACAGGAUGAUGAUGCAUAUAGAGUGGAGUCAGUAGCUUCAGUUACCAUCAAAUGUGCUUCUCAUCUCUUGGUUAACCUUCUUAGGCUUCCUCACCCAUGAAAAUAUUGGUUUUAAUACUUCUGGUGUGGGCAUGUAAGCCAUUUUUUGUCACUAUAUCCCUAGAUUUCAAUUUCCAAAAAUGGUAAAAAUGAACCUGAAAAGAAUCAUAUUAAUAAAUUGAAGGUUCUUUUGUUACCUGGCUAUUACUGAGGGCUAUAGAACAGCUUCACCACCAGCAACCUCUUCAUCUUUGUCUUCUGGAUCAUACUCCACAUUGUCCUCCUGCUUAUCUCAACGGCUAUGCUGGUCUGUCCUCUCAGUUAUUGUCACCAAAAAUUUGGUCCAGAUCUUGGUUCACUGUACUAGUUGCCAUUCUUUCCAUGAUUCAAAUUAUAAAUGUGAAAUCAGCCAAUCAAAUGAGUGAAUUCAUCUCACAUGUCUGGACAUUGUUUUUAUGCUGGUAUACUGGAAAAUGAGAAUGAAAAUGAGAAUCCCCUGAAGCUUACACGAUGAGAAGAGGAGCUGGUUGUCAUUGUGUUGGCUUAUUGUACACUUAUAAUUUCAGUUUUGGCUCAAAAUAUUGCUUUAUAAUCAUAUUAUUAUUAACGGGUGGAAACCGACCCUAACAA